AGCAUAUCAGCCUAAAACAAGAAUUUGUAGUUAUGAUGGGAAGCAAAGCAAAAGCAAUGGGGUCUGGGCUGACUCCUCUUCUUACCACUCUUUUAGUGGUAUUUGUUGCUCUUGGCUUGCCCUCAGAAACUGCAGCUGAUGAUCACUACAAGUAUUCAUCUCCUCCUCCUCCUUACCACUAUCCCUCACCACCACCUCCAGAGCAUUUACCUCCACCAGUGUACAAAUACAAGUCCCCACCACCACCUCAUCAUGUUUACAAGUACAAAUCUCCACCACCCCCACCACCACACCCAGUUUACAAGUAUAAGUCGCCACCACCACCUCCUCAUCCGGUACCACACCCAGUUUACAAGUAUAAGUCACCACCACCACCUCCUCAUCCGGUACCACACCCAGUUUACAAGUAUAAGUCACCACCACCACCUCCUCAUCCGGUAUACAAGUAUAAGUCUCCUCCGCCACACCACACCCAGUUUACAAGUAUAAGUCACCACCACCACCUCCUCAUCCGGUACCACACCCAGUUUACAAGUAUAAGUCACCACCACCACCUCCUCAUCCGGUAUACAAGUAUAAGUCUCCUCCGCCACCACCACACCCAGUUUACAAGUAUAAGUCACCACCACCACCUCCUCAUCCGGUACCACACCCAGUUUACAAGUACAAGUCACCACCACCUCCUCCCCCAGUUUACAAAUACAAGUCUCCACCACCACCAGUUUACCACUACAAGUCACCACCACCUCCUCCCCCAGUUUACAAAUACAAGUCUCCACCACCUCCUCACCACUACUAAGCAAUUGCUUCUGAGGCACAGGAGAAGGAAACCAGUGUUUGAGACCUUCUUGAAGAUGUAGAAGCAUAAGAAUAAAAGCCCAAUGUGAAGAUGAUGAUUUCAAGUUUUUCUACGUUACCAUUUCUUUAUCGAAAUUGGUUGUAGCGCCUUAGUUCCUUUGUUUAUGGGAUUUGUAUCGUUUUACGUACCAUGCAGUACAUGUCAUGUUUGUAAGGUUUUCUAUCCUGCCGGCAAACCGCAGGUUCCAUGUAAUAAAUGAAUACUAUUUAUAUUACGACACUUUUCUCUGUUUCUCUUA